UCAAGGACGAAAAAUUAGAAAAAGAAAUCUUGGAAUCAUGCGAAAAGGUUGUGGUUGAAAAGGUUUCUAAAAAAACAAUUAAACAAAAGUCUGAAGAGAAAAAACAACAAAAACAAAAAGAACAAUCAAGUUGGAGUAUUGGUCUUGAUUCGAUCCGGGAAGGCGUUUCAAGUAUUGGAUCCGCAACAAAUAAUGUACUCCAAAGCGGUUACGAUAAAAUCGGGAGCAUAGCAUUCUCAUCUGGUCCUGAUUCUGUCUAUCAUGGGUAUGAAAUUAUCACCCUUCAGUCAAAGGCCACUCCCGAAACCACCCAAAAGAUCGUUUCAACUCAACAAACCGAUGGUUCGAUUAAAUUGAACGAACAUGUAACCAAACAACUUGAUAUCUCUUCUGACAACAUAAAAAAGACAGUUCAGAAUUAUGGCGUUAGCAAUAAAUUAAAAGAUAUCUCUCAAAAUGCAUGGGAAACGGCUUUAAAUCUCAGAUAUAUGACCAUUUCUUCACAAACUCAAGACCAAGUCGAUAAAUACAAAGUACAAUCCGAGAAAGCCAAACAGUACCUUAUUAACGAACUUAAAGAUGAAAAGUUGGUAAAUGAGCUUUUAACUACUUCGGAUAAAAUUAUCAUUGAACAAAGUGUUCAGAAAGAAAAGAAAGAUGCCGUCGCCACCGUUCAACAAUCAACCUCAACUGAAAAAGUCCACGAAAUAGUAUCAAAUCAAAAAGAUGACGGAUCCCUACAAUUGACCGAGACGAUUUCUAAGGAGCUCGAAACUGAUUCUACCGACUCAUUAGUAUCUUCCGUCAAAUCUUACUUCACAACCAAAGAUAUCAA